GCGGGUUGCGCGCGUCUUCUUUUCAUCCCCCAGAAAAUGAUCGCGGACGUCAAGACCCUCCUCCUGGCAGCGCUUUGCGCGGUCGCAAUCACCUGGCUGCUCCGAUCACUGUUCAAGCGCCCGUCGCUGCCCCUCCCUCCAGGUCCCAAGCCGGCCCCGUUGAUCGGAAACAUCCACCAGCUUCCCAAAAGCCUCCAAUGGCUGCACCUCUACCACCUCAGCAAGCAAUAUGGGCCCGUCAUGCACUUUAGCAUGGCCGGCCAGCCCCUCAUCAUCCUUUCCACCCAUCAAGCCGCACACGACCUCCUGAACCGCCGAAGCAGCCGUUACUCUGAUCGUCCGCGCAUGGUCAUGGCCGGCGAGCUGGUGACCAAGGGCAUGCACAUGCUCAUUCGCCCAUACGAUGAGCGGUACAAGCUCCACCAGCGCAUGGAAGCGCCCCUGCUCACCCUCCGCGCCGCGAGCAACUAUCGCCCACUGCAAGACCUCGAGUCCCAGCAACUCCUGUUCGACGUGCUGGGCGAGUGGGACAAGUUUGGCGAAAAGGGCGUCGACUUUCAUCACCACUUUGAGCGCGCGAUGGCGAGCACGAUCUACUGUCUGAACUAUGGAUAUCGCCUGCAGACGGGGUACGAGAAGGAGCUGAUGGAUGGGAAGAAGGUGCAGGCCGAAUUCGCGCGCACGGGCCAGGUUGGCGCUUAUAUCGUCGAUUCGUUCCCGUCCCUGAAUUAUCUGCCCAAGUUCCUGGCCCCGUGGAAGAAGGAGGGCGAGGAGUUGUAUGAGCUUGAGAGGCAGUUGCAUGUUGGGAACCUCAGGAAGGGGUUGAGUAACCGCAGUUGGAACUUUGCCAAGUACAUGAAGGAUUCGCCCGAGGCUGUUACUAUGCCCGAGGAGGAGCUCGCAUUUGACCUGGGGAUUCUCGCUGAUGCGGGGUUGGAUACUUCGACUGUUGCGCUGGACUGGUUUAUGGUUGCGUGGCUCACCUCUGGCGCGACUUGGGCCAAGAAGGCGCAGAAGCUGCUUGAUGAGGUUGUUGGAAGAGAUCGCAUGCCUACCUUUGAAGACCGUCCCAAGCUGGCAUAUAUCGAUGCCAUCGCAAGCGAAACCCUCCGCUGGCGCCCCGUCGUCGUCUCGGGCGUCCCCCACUUCACCAAAGUCCAAGACGAAUACAUGGGCUACCACAUCCCCGCAAAUUCUACCGUCCUCCCCAACGCGUUCGCCAUCACGCGCGACGAAUCCGUCUUUGGCGAAAACGUCGACUCCUUCAUCCCGGAGCGCUGGCUCGUCGACGAACCCCCCGCCGAACCCCAAAUCGACACCUGCGGAUUCAACGUCUCCGCCCUCAAAGACCUUCCACACACGGGCUUCGGUUUCGGUCGCCGGGUCUGUACCGGACGCCUCAUUGCCCGGAACCAACUCUUUAUACAGAUGGCGCGGAUGCUCUGGGCGUUUGAUGUUGACGCGGGUGUUGUGGAUGAGGAGACGGGGAGGAGACACAAGGUGGAUGAUAUGGAUUGUACGGAAGGGUUUGUUACGCUGCCGAAGCCGUUUAGGGCCGUGAUGAGGCCGCGCGGGGAGUGGGUGCGUGAGAGGAUUUUGGAGAGGGGGAGCACGCAUGGCUUGGAUCAUGCGCAAAUACUGGACAAGGCGAGGCUGGAUCGGUCGUAGACGGCAGUUUUGCUGUAUCGUUCGGAUGAGGUGUUGGGAGAAUGUUCAAUAUGUAAAAUGUGGCUACAAUUACUUGCUCAAUUGGCUUCCUCUCCUAUGGUACCU